AAGAGUAACGCAAGUCGAACGAGCCAGCCAGUGCAAGCAACUGCGCUACGUUCGGUGUGUAGCUUAAGUAGUAACGGCGUAAAGAACCGUUCGUGAUCAGACACGUGCUUCAAAGUGACCGCGGAGGGGAACCGCGUUCGAUCAGCAGGCCUAAUCGCUCGUUUUACCGCACGAAAAUGGUGGAUGUAACUACGGCUCUGCCAUCCACCGGUGGAGCGUCCCUAAUUGGACGCACCAGAGGUGCACUCAGAUCCGUCAAGUCUGCGUUAGGAGGCAGCGGAGAGUAUCUUCAGGGUUUGGGUAGCCGAAUAGGAUCCGUUCUAAGUAGCAGUUUAGAAGAAAGUGAAUUGACCACGACCCCGUCGACGUCGCCAUCUUCGCCACAAGCACCACCUCAGACUUCUAAUCCGGAAGAACAGUUGGCUAGAAGAAAAUUAAGACUCCCAAGGUUUGGUACAGGAUUAUCGUACGAAGACUACGAAGCAAUCGCGAGGCAUAAACUGGAGCGUCAGGGUAGCGCCAAUAUGUCGAGGUGUAUGAGAAAAUAUCCUCCGGGUAUGACCUACGAGGAAAUAGCCUCGUCGAGAUCAGCCGGAACCAAAAGACAAGAGCAUAAAGUAGAGGAAGAUAACAGCCCCGAUAGGGACAGUGAAGAAAGCAUAGAACCUCUUGAAGAAAGAGAUAUCAAGGCCACAGGGCCUGAUCCUUUCGAUAAAUUGAACUACAGGGGAGCAAGGGCCCCGACCCGCUAUCAGACGGUCGUUUUUCGUUUAGAUAUGCCGCCUUGUAGCAGCGACUCGAUGAGCGAUCAGGAUGGUUACGGACCUAGUACGAGUUUAGACUCGAACAUGGACGGUCGCAGAUUAUGGCAGAGAUCAGGUUCGUCGGGAUCUGUCCAAUCUUGGGCUUCUAGUUUAUCAGCGGAUAGUCAAUCUGAGGAAGCUGCGGCGGAUUUUAUGAAAGCUUUCGUACCUCUUUUAUUCGAUGCACCGAAUAGCAUCGAUCAGGAGCAAAAAGCAAGUUUCGGCCAAAUGGUUCUUACAGAAUCCGGUAGGAUAUGGUUCUCCAGAGUGGUGAACGCGAGGAGAGCACGUCCCUGUGUAACAGAAGCAUCGUUUUAUUCCUUAGCUCAACACUUUGCGGUGGCUCUUUUCGAAUGUCACGAGGCGGAUGAUUUCGCACCUGCCAAAAGUCUCAUGAACAUGUGCUUUACUUUUUACCACGAAGUCGAAGUGCCAGGAUUGGAGCCAUAUCGCGAAUAUUUGUACACACAUUUGCGAGUACAACCCAUAUGGACGUCAAUGAGAUUCUGGACGGCGGCUUUCUUCGACGCGGUUCAAUGUGAAAGAGCUUCGAGGCCAGUUCCUCCGAGGCCAAAGUCUCUAGAUCAGGAGGCCAUCGCUAUCGAGGAUCGAAAGUUUCAGGCUAAUAUCGUCUUUGGACAAUUAGGGACGUUCACGUGUAACAUGCACGCCUUUGGCCUGUCGCGUACUUUGUGUCUAGAAUUUCUUAGGAAGCAAUGCGUGAUCGCUAAUCUAACGAAAGAAUGUACGUAUUUACAGAGCAAGAAAAGAUGCUUCGUGACAACAUAGAGAGAAUGUUCGACGAGACCGAGCCCUGGCGGUAGUUUUGCUGAACAUGAAUCCAAGAAUCAAUGGAAACACUUUGUUGAAAAGGUAUCUACUUAUCGAACUGCGAUUCGCAAGAGAAAAUCGUUGCAAAAUUGUCAAUUAAAAUACCGAAUUCAGUGGAGUAUAAAUGAGCAAAGAUGUCAAUUUUAUCAUACAACAAACACCAAAACAAAUGCGGUUGUGAUACCAUCUGACGCAGCUAAACUAAACGAUAUAUGUAAAUUAAUGAAUCUACGCUGUAUACUGUUCCUACCAUUAACUAAACAGAACCUGUAAAUCGAAUUCUAUGAAGACGAGAAUCUCCGUGAAACAGUGAGAAGGAUUCCGUGAUUGUAAUAAAACUGCUGCAAUUAAAAAUUAUUUGCUAUAUUUAAAUAUCAAAAUAAUUCUAUUAUUAUUAUUAUUAUUAUUAUGUUAUUAUCAUUGUUUUUAUUACGGAAUUAUACUAGCGAUUUUGUUUCUAAGUAGUCUGCGAAAAUUUCAAAUUUCUUCUUCUACUUCCGAUAGGUUAAAUCUCUGUAAAUAUACAUAUUAUAAAUAACGUAUUCUCGGUUUCUCCGUUGAAACAAAAUCGUUGAAUCUGCUUAGUUUAUUUGCCAGGCUUCUAUGUCCAAAUCGAACUUAAGUCAUAAGCGUAAACGGACAAUAAAUUACGUGGACGAAUUCGUGUGAUAUUGAUAAUCGGUUUGUAGCGAUGAUGAUCGACGUCAACGUUAUUUCUGUACGAGCAAAGGGUAAAUUUCGUGAUCUUUAAAGGAGGUUGCUAAGAGCGCGACAUUUGCGAAGCGAAUUUUUUCAAAUAACGCGUUAACGAUAAAAGUUUAUUCGAAGCAAGACACUUUUAAUAUGGAUAUAACGCUUGUUUUAUAAAUUCAAAUAGUAUUUCCAUAUGUUACAAAAUAUCGGAGCUUCCUUGCACGCACACAACUGAACUAACAUUAUUAGAUCGUAAUACCGUUAGAUUGUCCUACUAUAUGAAAAAUAAUAGGGUCGUAAAAAGAGAUGUUUAUGAUCUAGAACUUGCAAUCUAUCAAUUUACUAAUAUUACCUAUUAGUUGAUAAAUAAUUGCAUUAGUUGACAAUAUCGUUAUACCUGAACUAAUAUUACAAGUUACAAGUCGUCUGAUUGUCCUUUUUGAUGAAAAACUGUAAAGUUUAUAAUUUACUACUUGCCACUUGUCAAUUCACUGAUGUAACAUAGCUAAAUUGUGCAAGAAAGCUCGGAUCAUAGUUAGCAUAGUAUCCAUAGACGACGCUCGUAGAACGUUUGGUGAAAAAUGUCAGCAGAUUUCUCAGUUAAAGCUCGCUAAUCCUAUUUUAGAGUAAUAAUGUCGCAACUGACGAUGAGACGUAUUAAAAUGUGAAGAUAUUUCUCGCUUUAAAAUUAAUCAUACGUUGACACUACUUUACACACGCUAUCUUGUACAAUUUCUUUUAUAGAUCUUUAUGCAUAGAACAAACUGCUAAAAUUUCGUUCGAUGAUAUCUCAUGUAAGUGUGUUUGUAUUUAAAAAGACAUAUCAUUAAAUACAAGCAUCGCUGGAUAAUUAUUUUGUAUAUCUGUCAGGCAUUUCCAGUGAAAUUGUUAAUGCGAGAAAAGAUAAUAACUAAUAAAUUUCUUCAACAUUGA